CUGUGGCCUGCGCAACAUUGUGACGCAGUCGACUUCGUCCUCGUGGACUCUGUUGAGUGUUUUGGAUGGUAGAAUUGACAUGCAGUCAGGCCUUUCACCUAUGCCAUUACUCCUCUCUCACUUGUAGAAUUCGGAGGGUCAAGCUGGUCGCCUCUUCACCUCGACGAUGGGCAUGUUUUCGAGAUCCAAACCCCGAAACGCUCGUCGAGAUGACGAUGUCGUGGGAUAUCAGAAACCCAAGCCAACGGGCCUUCGAAUCUUCACGGCCGUCAUCUAUCUCAUAGCCCUCGUUUUCCUCAUCCUCGUCCAAAUCGGAAACAUCAACAACAAACCCGUGAUUCGAGACACAUACUUCCUACGGAUCAGCCUAGCCGACAUCAUUCCAGCCUCUGUACCCAACGCUGUCUUCAUAAACUCGAUUGCACAGUCGAUUGGAUUGCAUGACUUUUAUCAAGUUGGCCUAUGGAGCUUUUGUGAAGGAUACGACGGCGAGGGAAUCACCUACUGUUCGCCGCCCACCGCAUUAUACUGGUUCAAUCCUGUGGAGAUUAUCCUCAACGAACUUCUGGCCGGAGCCUCCAUCACACUACCCACGGAUGUAGUCGAUGUCCUCGACCUGGUGCGGCUUGCAAGCACAUGGAUGUUUGCCUGUCUCCUGGUCGGGACGAUCUUGACCUUCCUAUGUAUCUUUCUAGUCCCGCUGGGAUUCUCCAAGCAGCCUCGAUGGCAGCACAAAGCAAGACGGAUAUUUCUACGACAACUGCCUCUCACACUCUUGACGUUUGCAUCGCUCCUGUUCACCGCAGUGGGCUCCGUCAUCGCCACAGUCAUGUUUGUCAUCUUCAAGCAACAGUUUUCUGCAGCGGCCGAUCUGAAUAUCAAUGCCACUCUGGGCAAGCCCAUGUUGGCAUUCCUGUGGAUUGGUACUGGGAUGAACUUGAUUGGCUUCUUCAUGCAGAUUGGUACCUGUUGCGGCGUGUGCUGCUGCACCGGCCGGAAGAGAGCUUUUCGCAAAAGUCAGCAAACGGCUGAAUUAGGGCCACAAGAGAAGGCUUCGACUGGAAGUGACACGGCGAGUCCAGGACAUUUUGGCUUUAGGAAACGCUGA